AUGUCUUCCCAGCGAACUUCACCUUCGAAAAGUGGCGAUAUGCCUAAACGCGACUUCAAGGAAGCUUUAGAACCGGCCGUUCCACACCUGGCGCGCAUCCCCACACUAGCUCGCUUCUUCCUGGUUGUUGUGACUAGUCUGAUCGGGAGCUCUGUCUUAUUCACUCUGACCUCCAGCUUGACUGUCGGCGACCUGGGACUGGUCAGUAAGCACUUGGAAGAGUGGUGGGAAGUUGCUGGCUUGGUGGUUUGGAGAGUAGUGGAGGUCGGUCUACCUUGGGCUCUCGGAUUCGACAGCUGGGAUGUUGCAUCAUUUCUAUACCUCACCCACCUCCCCACCUAUUCUCUCUUGACAUUCUUCUACGGUGUCCGUCCUACAUCUGCACUUGUGUCCUAUGCGAUCACGGUGUUCUCAAUUGUGAUUCCAUUUUUCUUUUUGCGCAGCCCUGCAUCAGUACAUGAUUUGUCGCAUGCACCCUCGGGCGCAGUUGCCAACCGAGCUAUCCUCCAAGACCGCCCCACAACGAUCUAUACCACGCUAGCUGCAACCUCAAUCUUCACCGUCGUGCUGUAUGCCAGCUACGCAUCUUGGCUUCCCACCCAACUGGUUGUACACUUUGAGAGCAUUCCAGACAUCAGUGCCGCGCAUGCAGGACCAGCGGGCCUCCCCGUCCUCUUCUUGACGCUGAUUCCCUCCGGUUAUGCCGUGCGCGACUUUCUUUUUGUAAGCUCCACAGGCCACUCAACCCACGGAACCGGUGAAGACUCCCUACCUGUCGACCACGAGAGCCAGUAUGUGGUGGUGAGCAUAUACUGCAGAACCAUUGGCCAGCUUUCGGCGAAGACAAGGAUUCUUGCUUCUCGUACGUUCGUGCUUGCUGCCAGUGUGCUGUUAAACACUAUUGUGCAGUUAGCAGGUACCGUCCAAAGCAUUUCUGUUCAAGGAGCAUUCCUCUGGGGAUCGGUGUGGGCAUUUGCUACCCUGGCUAUAGGAGGUCUCUUUAGCUGGGUUGAGGCUGUUCCCGGUGUAUAA